UUAUAUAUAAGGGUGCUCGCCGUCCAGCUGAUCUCUCUGAGGAAAGUUGUCAAAGCGCGAGGAACGGGAGAGCUCUGGGAUCAAAAAUAAAUAAAUUAAUGAUGAACGGCAACGCGCAGCCCUACAGCACGGACUUCCCCCUGUGCAAGCCCCUGGUGGAAGAUGAUCCCGAGGUCUACGCGAUUAUCAAGAAGGAGAAGAGACGCCAGAGGCAUGGGCUGGAGAUGAUAGCCUCCGAGAACUUUGCAUCUCGCGCAAUCAACGACUGCCUCUCGUCCUGCCUCACUAACAAGUACUCGGAGGGCAUGGUCGGGCAGAGGUACUAUGGUGGCAAUGAGUUCAUUGACGAGGUUGAAAAGCUGUGCCAGCAGCGUGCCCUCAAGACCUUUGGCCUCGACCCUGCGAAGUGGGGCGUCAACGUGCAGCCGUACUCUGGCUCUCCGGCUAAUUUCGCCGUCUACACCGCUCUCGUCGAGCCCCACGGCCGUAUCAUGGGUCUAGACUUGCCUGACGGUGGCCACUUGACCCAUGGCUUCUACACCGCGACCAAGAAAGUGUCCGCCACCUCCAUCUUCUUCGAGUCGAUGCCGUACAAGAUCAACGUCGAGACCGAGCUGAUCGACUACGACAAGCUGCAGGAGAACGCCAAACUCUUCAAGCCCAAGUUGAUCAUUGCAGGUGUGAGCUGCUAUCCUAGGCAUCUGGACUACAAGAAAUUCCGUGAGAUCUGCGAUGAGAAUGGAUCCCUGCUGAUGGCCGAUAUGUCCCAUGUGAGCGGCCUCGUAGCGGCUGGCCUGACCACCAACCCCUUCGAGCACUGCGACAUUGUCACCUCGACCACUCACAAGACUCUCCGCGGCCCUCGCAGUGGAAUCAUUUUCUACAGGAAGGGUCAGAAGGGCGUCGACAAGACCGGAAAGCCCAUUAUGUAUGACUACGAAGACAAAAUCAACCAGGCUGUGUUUCCUGGACUUCAGGGCGGCCCCCACAACCAUCAGAUUGCUGGCAUCGCUGUGGCUAUGAGGCAGGCUGCUGAGCCCUCUUUCAAGGAGUACCAACAGCAGGUGAUAAAGAACGCCCAAGCCCUGGCCAAGGGACUGCAGGAGAAGGGCUACAAGAUCGUCACAGGAGGCACAGACAACCACUUGGUGUGGGUGAACAUGCGCACCGUUGGGCUCUCGGGAGGAAAGGCAGAGAAGAUCCUAGAGGAAGUGUCCAUUGCGUGUAACAAGAACACAGUUCCUGGUGACAAAUCUGCGCUGAAUCCAAGCGGCAUCCGGCUGGGCACGCCUGCCCUCACCACCAGAGGGCUGAAGGAGGCGGAGAUGGAACAGGUCGUUGCCUUCAUUGAUGAGAGCUUCAAGAUUGCUCAGGACGUGCAGGCGAAGUCAGGACCCAAGCUGGUGGACUUCAACCGUGUGCUAGGAGACGCAGAGUUCAAGGAACGCAUCAUCUCUUUGCGAGAGAAGGUGGAGGCAUUCGCAGGUACUUUCCCCCUGCCAGGCCUAGAGGACAUUUAAGAAGGGUGUCUUUGUGCCAAUCAGCCAGCAUGGGUGAUUUUGAGGUGAAGAGAGAAUGAUUGUGACCAAAAUCUGUCUUCCGGUAAUUUGAUCGAAUCUUCGCAGAAUUCAGUGUUCUUUCAGCGAUCUUUUGCUAACUUGGCGAAAAGUAGGUUAAAAGAGAUGUGUAUAUUUUUUUAAAAGAUUCUUGAGGGUGCCAUAUCUUCCUAAUAAAAGACAUCUCACAUUUUGACAAUUAAUAAUAAUAUCUCAGAUUUUGACAAACUAAAGUGUAUACUACAUGUGUUCCUUACAGUACAAUCACAUCAAAAGGUGUUCCAAGUCUUUUGCUAACAAUUUCUGGAAAUACUGCUAUUAUUCAACAUGAAGGGUAUUUGGCCAUGUGAUAUUAAUGUCCUGAUAUUAAUAAUGUCAUCAGGUAUUGAUAGGAGUCUAGUGGCAAUAGUAUCGACAUGCCUUGUUUCCCGGUGCUCAAUUUUGUAGGAGGAGAGUAGCAAUAAAUUUUUUUCCCUAA